UGCGCACUAUCCUUUUGACCCCGCAUGGUGACUCUGUGAGGAGAUUGUAUAUUAGCAAUAAGGGUUUAAGGUCGUUUAACAGAAUUAUCUAGGGAAAUGGACAGCGGUGGAGAUCCUUCGUCGAGAAGAACAUUCUUCAAUCCAUAUUCCAGUUCUGAUCCAACUAUGUCAGCUGGAGUUUCGGCCGGGGGCAUGGGUAGUGUAAUGUCACCGUACCUAAAUUUCGAUCCAGCGUAUAUUGGAGCAGACAGUGGAUCAGACUUCAUUUUCCCAGAAGGUGCAAGUCGACAACGUGGUAGACUUGAACUAGCUUUCUCUCAGAUUGGAGGUUCUGUAUUUGCAGGUAAAGUUCUUGAUCAAAAAUCUCAGGGGAGCUCAACACCCCCAUCCAGCACAAAGCAACAUCUGAUGUUAAACUUUAUCACAAAACAAGGUGCUUCUUCAGCUCAAUCUUUAGGUGUUAUUGCUUUGAUGUACAGUGUCAUUGGUGUCUUACUGCAACUCGGCCGUGGCGUUGAUGAUGAAAUAAAUACACUAACAGCAGCUACAAGUACCGGUCUGCUUUACAAAUCGUCUGGUAAGAAUAAUUUGCUUGUCCCAUUGCAGCUCGACCAACUGUGAGCAAUCCUGUUAAGU